GUUUUAAUAGUACUGUUCACCGGGUUCUGGCUUUUAAGAACUCAAAAUUAAACUCCAGUAGACACUGUUUGAAGGUUUUCAUCCUCCUAUGCAAUAAAAUUUUGAUUCCAAUCUACAUACCAGUGAAAAUGGUGCAGAUUAGACGGUUAAGGGAGCUUUAUUGGCCGGUGAAAAGAUUUCUCCGUGCUGGUUUUUACGUUGAAAGAAAUAUCCUCCUGCUGAAGAAAGCUUCGAUUCAAAUUUCAGAGAGUGAAAGGAAUAUUGAAAGAGGGCUUAAAACUACUGCAGACUCUAUGGAAAAGGUACAAGAAAUCAUGAAAGCAAUAGCAGAGAAUGGGGGAUAUUACAAAGGGCGUAGAAUUUCAGUACAGCAGGUCGAAGCAUAUCGAAAAGAAUUAGUUCAAACAAAAAUAAGCGCUCAAAAACAGAGUGAACAUUUAUACACAAUCAAAGCAUACUUUGAAAAGACGUUAGAGACGAGGAUUAAGCUGUUCAAUGAGAGUUGCGAGCAUUUGGACGAGGUUUUGUAUAACAUCUUCUUUAAAGCGUUUUGCAGAGGUAUGCAUAGGCAAUGCAUGUUUUAGAUUGAUGGAGGGUUAUUUUAAUAUUUUUAAAAAUUAUAUGUUUAAGAGCAUAUGCAAAAGGUUUCAUUGGCAAUGUACUAUGUACACUGAUGUAGGGCUUGAGAACAUAUGGAGAAGGGUUCAUUGGCUAAUGACAAUGUAUUUUUUGGAUUGAUGGAGCACUUCUUUCUCAAUUUAGAUGUUUAGGGAUCUCGCUUCUGUAGAUAAUUUAUCUAUUUUUAGGGUUAAUGAAUAUACUGUAGAGGUGUUAUCAACUCAUUAUACCUGGCCUUGUCAGUUGGGGCAUGCCAUACCUAGAUUUGGAUGUGGUUGUAAAUUUAAUAUUGCUUUUAGGGUUA